UACAAUCAUAUGUUCUGUAUUUAUUGCAUGUGACGUUUCGUUUCGUGCGACUCCACUCAAACAAAUUCGUUCCUAAAAUUGAUCGGUUUGUGAUAAAAAAUAGUGAGCACUUAUCGUUAAAAUGAUCGAGGAACUCGCUAAAGAUUAUGGAUCAUAUGUAAAAACAGAUAUAACGGAUCAAAUGAAAAAUGUUCACGAAACCAUAGAAGAUAUGAUGGCUCGUUUAGAGGAGUUUGAGUCAAUCAUUGGUAUGGUUCAGACUGUCGGAGCAGAAUGUACUAGCGAACAUCGACCUCGUUUGCAAUCAGUUCGUCCAGAAUUGUCGAGUUUGUGCAAACGUAUAGACGCCCUUGAGCACAUAGUUGCGAGAGCGAACGUGGAUUUGACAGCUCUUGAAACGGCGGUCGAAACGGCCGAGGCUGAACUCGGGGGAGUUGGAGUUUCGGAUCGUAUUCUCGGAAUGCUGAAUCCAAUUUCACAUCUUUUCAAAAGUAAAAACACGGAAUCUCCAACUGUAAGGCCACUGACGAAUUUCGAGCCACCUCCAAUUUAUCAUACCGAAGACUUUUUUACGAACACUUAAAAUAUUUAUAACUUAAACAAUUCAUUACUGAUAAAAAGUGUAAUCAAUUACGACUUAAUAGUCAUCUUCAAAAAAAUAUCAUCGAUUAGAAUUUAUGUACAGAAAAGAUACUGAAAUGUAGGACAAAAUAAUUUUGGGGAGUAACGCUGAGGAGAUUCCUGUCUUCGAAGGUAAUUUUUAGAUCAGAACGUUUCCAAAACGUUUUGAAUUUUUUCAUCUUAUUGCUUGGUACACCGGCAGAAAAGUUUGAAAUGUUAAAUUCAUUCUAAAAAGUUGUUGAGAUUCGAAAAGCCUGCUUUCUUAUUUCCAUCAGGAUUUUUAUUAGAAAAUUCGAAAAAAAUGAAUAAUAAAUGGUCAAAAAAACCA